AUGGCGGAUGUGGCAGCGGCUGAUGCAAAGUCGUCUUCGCUUAGGUCCGUACUGCUUUGGGCUGACCAUGAACGUAACGAAGCAGAACAACUUCAAAAUUGUUUUUUUUUCCUGCUAGUUUAUACACGUUUAACUUAUUACGUGUGGGUUAGUCCACACGUGCUUGCGCUUGACUUCUCACUUUCGAUAACUACUAAAAAUUCAUCCAUCGCCACACAAAUAAAUGCCACUUCUCCUCCUCCGGCGAAUCCUUUCUCCCUCCGCCGCUCUAUGGCUUCCAAAUCAAUCUCCUCCGUUCCAAUCAACCCAUCGAACACUCGAAUCGGGUGGAUCGGAACCGGCGUUAUGGGCCGAUCAAUGUGCGGACACCUAAUCAGAGCCGGAUACUCCGUCACCGUCUUCAAUCGCACUGUCUCCAAAGCCCAGACACUCAUCGACAUGGGCGCGAAGCUAGCUGACUCGCCGAACUCACUCGCCGCACAAUCCGACGUCGUUUUCUCCAUCGUCGGUUACCCAUCCGAUGUCCGCCACGUGCUCCUCGAUCCAAUCUCCGGCGCUUUGUCCGGUCUAAACCCAGGCGGCGUCCUCGUCGAUAUGACAACCUCUGAGCCUUCCUUAGCCGAGGAGAUAUCUAAAGCCGCUUCCUCCGCGAACUGCUUCUCGAUCGACGCUCCUGUUUCCGGCGGAGAUCUCGGUGCUAAAAACGGGAAGCUAGCGAUAUUCGCCGGAGGAGACGAAACCACCGUGAAACGACUAGAUCCGUUGUUUUCUCUCAUGGGUAAAGUGAAUUUCAUGGGAACAAGCGGGAAAGGGCAAUUUGCGAAGCUCGCGAAUCAGAUCACGAUCGCUUCGACGAUGUUAGGCCUCGUGGAAGGGAUGAUCUACGCUCACAAGUCCGGGCUCGAUGUUAAGAAGUUUCUAAAAGCGAUCUCCACCGGAGCUGCUGGUUCGAAGUCGAUAGAUUUGUAUGGAGAUCGGAUUCUGAAGAGGGAUUUUGAUCCAGGGUUCUAUGUGAAUCAUUUCGUCAAGGAUUUAGGGAUUUGUUUGAAGGAAUGUCAGAGGAUGGGAUUGGCUUUGCCUGGGUUGGCUAUUGCUCAACAGCUUUACUUGUCUCUCAAGGCACAUGGUGAAGGUGAUCUUGGAACUCAAGCUCUCAUCUUGUCUCUCGAGCGUCUCAACAAUGUCUCUGUUCAACCAAUCAUGUAAAAGUUUCUUGUAUCUGUUGAAGCUUUUUAUGUUUGAUCUUGAGAAAAGAUUCGAACUUUUGUGUUGUGUAUGCAUAUGUUGGUAGAACAUCAAAUUUCGCCGGAGUCUAGGUUUGGAAUGCGUAUUGUAUUGGUUACAGGACAGUUUUCCCCAGAAAAAGCAUAGAAUUGAUCUGAAACUGCAAUUUUCAGAAUAUGAGGUGAAUGAGAAGAAAUUUGUAUCUGUGUGAGACUCGUUAUAAUCCUUCAAGAUUCAUGUUUGUGCAAGUUGGUAUACGGAUAAGAAGAGAUUUUUCAGACCUCUAAA